CAAUUUAAAUGUGCUGCAAUCACGCGAUCAAGCCAGCCUAUGCCAGCCUGUUGUAUAACGACGCCACGCCCACUGAAAGGUAUUUCUUGACUGCACUAUGUCUUCAGUUUCUGAUUUAUUCUUGCAAUCAUAACUCAACCAUAACAACAUGUUGAUGGCUGCCUUCUUUUUUUACUCCGUCCUGAUUUUGGCGGAUUCUGAGUCGUGGAAUAGUGAGCAGUGUUCUCUGAGUUGCAUACGCCAGAAAGGACCUGGAUGUCACUAUUGCCGGAUAAGCAACGAUGAAGUGGACCAAGUGAUUCGCCUGAAACACAGAAAUACUUUAGGAGCAUGCACUCCAUGGCCAUGCUUUGAACUGCUGGCAGAAGACGACCCUCAUUUGUGUGAACACUUGGUUGAAGCGCCACGCGAUAUCAAGAUUGACCUUCGACCCAGCUCAGACCCUCAUUCCGAUGAUGUGGUGAUCUCCUGGAAGCCCAGUGAACAUGGAAUUGGCUUUCUAAGAGGUUUCCAAGUGUCCUUGCAGUCCUUAAGAGGGUUCGAUCUUACCUGUCAACUGUUUCUCUUCCAGCCAAACCUGACACUUCCAGCGUCCCACGCUGAAACGCGUUACCAGUCGGACAUUUUCUCGGGCCUCUCCCUUGGUUCCAAAUAUGCUGUGACCGUGAUGGCCCUGCCUGUGCCUCGGGAUUGGGAUAAAUUCUACCAAACAAUGUUCUUCUCCACACGCUCAUGUGAAGAGAAAACUGGUGUCCCCGAGUGCAAAGCUGACUGGUACCCCAAGUAUGUUGAUGUGCAGCAAAAAGAGGGCGUGGUCACGGUCACCUUCAACCUGGCUCCUCCCAUCAUGGGCAUCACAAGCUACUUCUGCAUCUGUACAGCAGACAACAAGACGACAUCCAGGGACAUCAUUCCUAAUUUCUCCAGAAACAAAACACACCACAGCUUUGCAUUCAGUGACCUCGAAGAAGGAAGUAAUUACAAAUGCGAGGUGGCAGCCAGUAUGGUCGAUGCAGUGAGGAAACAAUUCAACGUGAAUGUCAAAACCCAAAAAGCUACAACGAGACAUUACAGCCUUUCCUACUGGAGUUUGGCCUUUCUUUUCGUGUUUGCUGGGGUGACAAUACUUGCUGUGUUGAAGAAAAAAGGCUACCCACAACAAGGGAAAACCCUCACGGAACCAGAGGAAGGUAGGAACAUGAACGAAGAAAACCCACCCUCCUUCCCUGAGUAGUCAUGCGGUGUGACCAAGCAGGUCUGCAGACCCAAGACCAAGCAGCAGGGGACACGGACAGUCCACGUAAUCUGCGCUCAUGUGGACUGCACGUGUGUUUGGGAAGAACGAUCGCCUGUGCUGCUGAACGAAAAUUAACACCAGGCUCAUUUUUUCAAACUUGCACACCCGUUUACAUAAAAACAGCAAUAAUUUCUACUUGCAGUCUAUAGCUACAAAAGCCACUUUCACAUCUAUAGCUACAAAAGCCUGUUUUAAAAGAAAAACAAAUAAGAUGGAGGCAGGUGAAAAAAAAUAGUAUUGUCACAAGUCCCAAAAAAUAACUUUUUACUGUUUUUCUGCUGUAGUUAAAUCAGCAGCAACAACGAUGCACUUUGACUUAUGAACUACACAGGAAGUAUGCGUGCCCUCAAAAGGCUGCAUGAACACUCCCAUCAGUAUGACAUUUUACUGUUGUUUUGCUGUAAUGAAGUCGCCACAACGAUGCACUUUGCACUAUGACCUGCACACAUACUUGCCAACCCUCCCGGAUUUUACGUGAGACUCCCGAAAUUCAGCGCCUCUCCCGAAAACCUCCCGGGACAAAUUUUCUCCCAAAAAUCUCCCAAAAUUCAGGCGGAGCUGGAGGCCACGCCCCCUCCAGCUCCAUGCGGACAGCCUGUUUUCACGUUGUCUGCCCAAUGACGUUAUAACUGUAGAAUGAUCGAGGGCAAGUUCUUGGUUUAUUAUUAUUAGGCAGUUUCAUUAACGUCCUCCCAGCGCGGUAACAACAACACACAACAACAGCAGUCUACCGUAAAAGCAGUUCGUCUGCCGUAAACAGCAAUGUUGAGACUCUUAAACAGUACAAUACUGACAUCCACUCUACAUGUAUAUGGUUGGAAAAAUAGUGACAGAGAAUAGAACAAGGAUGGACAAUUCAACCUUUAACUCAACAAUGAGUAGAUGAGUGUUAUGUGUGUGUAUAUGUGUAAAGAAAUGAACACUAAAAUUCAAGUAUUUAUAUACAUAUAUAUAUUGGGGUGUUGGAAAAAAUCUCUACUUCUGUAGAGAUGAAGUAGUCUUGUGAUUUUUCCCACACAUACAUAUUGCGCUCUACCACCGUAUCGAGCACUAUUAUCCAAUUAAGAUAUAUAUAUACUGUAGAUACCGUAUAUUACCAAAUAAACGCCUCUUCCUAAUAAUAGCCCAUGUAUAGCUCUCCCGUCCAAAGGCAAAACCCAGUAACUCAAUUUUGGUAAAUCUCCUGAUGAUCAGGAAAUCUCCUGAUGAUUGAGGGAACCCCUCAUGAAACAGUUCUGUAGAGAUGAAGUAGUCUUGUGAUUUUUCCCACACCUACAUAUAUAUAUAUAUAUAUAUAUAUGAAAUAUUUGACUUUCAGUGAAUUCUAGCUGUAAAUAUACUCCGCCCCUUUUAACCACGCCCCCGGCCUCACCCACGACCACGCCCCCCCACCCCCCGAAAUCGUAGGUCUCAGGGUUGGCAAGUAUAUCUAUACAGGAGGUAUGAGUGCCCUCAAAGGGCCAAAUGAACACUUCCAUUAAAACACAUUUUACUGUUGUUGUGCUGUAAUGAAGUCACUUUGAACUUUGACCUACACAGUCGUCAUAUUUGUUGUUGUGCUGUAAUGAAGUCAGUCGCCACAACGAUGCACUUUGACCUUUGACCCUACACAGUCGUUAUAUUUGUUGUUGUGCUGUAAUGAAGUCACUUUGACCUUUGACCUACACAGUCGUCAUAUGUGUUGUUGUGCUGUAAUGAAGUCACUUUGAACUUUGACCUACACAGUCGUCAUAUUUGUUGUUGUGCUGUAAUGAGGUCAGUCGCCACAACGAUGCACUUUGACCUUUGACCUACACAGUCGUCAUAUUUGUUGUUGUGCUGUAAUGAAGUCAGUCGCCACAACGAUGCACUUUGACCUACACAGUCGUCAUAUUUGCCCUCAAAAGGCUGCCUGAACACGUGCGAUAAGCUAACCAUAUAUUGUGUGUUAUUUUAAAGUAUGGAUGUUUAAAGUGUGUAUUUAAUACCUUGAAGUAUGUUUGAAAUGUUGUUUAUGGUUAAUAUGAUGAAUGAAUAUAAACUUGGGAAGAGUUCCGUCCUCACUUGUGCAACAUCAUCACUUCUUCAUGCUUUCAACUCAUGUUGUGCUCCACAUUUAUUUGGACAUUUAUGUGUUUAGUGAGUGCAAUGACAAUAUGAGCUGGGAAACAUUUAUUGGGAAAAGAAGCUAAUGGUUUUGAUGCACUAUGUCAUCUUUUUUUCUACUUUUCUUUUUAUUUAUUACAUGUUUUUAAUAUCUAAAUAUAUGACAAUAAAGCAAGAAACAGCAGUUCA